UAAACACCACACGGCGGGAGGCCUCCCCUCUCCCCGUCAGGGCUGCGGGGCCGCAGCGGUGAUGGGUGUUAUGGAAACCCGAGUUGCCAGCUGUAAAUCACCCCCGCCUGGGUCUGACGGGUGUUUUCUCCCUGCCUUCCCUCUAGGAAGAAGUUGGGCCUCUGCUUAAGUCUUCUGCCCGAUGCUGAAAAGUAACUGAAGUUGCUGCUGUAAAACCAGCUAAAGCUUCUCUUCGUUUUGAGGCCCCCGUUAGACUGUUUCUGAAAUCAUUUGCCGUGCGGUUUGAGACUUAGAAUUUGUCAAAAUGCCUGAAAUAAAAGUCACUCCCUUGGGAGCUGGCCAGGACGUGGGGCGCAGCUGUAUCCUUGUGUCCAUCGCCGGGAAGAACGUGAUGCUUGACUGCGGGAUGCACAUGGGCUACAACGAUGAUAGACGCUUUCCUGACUUCUCUUACAUCACUCAGAACGGAAGGCUGACUGACUUUCUAGACUGUGUGAUCAUCAGCCACUUCCAUUUGGACCAUUGUGGAGCUUUGCCCUAUUUCAGUGAAAUGGUGGGUUAUGACGGGCCCAUCUACAUGACUCACCCCACCAAGGCCAUCUGUCCCAUCCUCCUGGAGGACUACAGGAAAAUAACUGUCGAUAAGAAAGGGGAAACGAAUUUCUUCACUUCCCAAAUGAUCAAAGACUGUAUGAAAAAAGUGGUCGCCGUGCAUCUUCACCAGACGGUUCAGGUGGACGAGGAGCUGGAGAUCAAGGCGUACUACGCAGGCCACGUGCUGGGGGCAGCCAUGUUCCAGAUUAAGGUUGGAUGCGAGUCCGUUGUGUACACAGGUGAUUAUAACAUGACACCGGACAGACAUUUAGGCGCUGCCUGGAUUGACAAGUGUCGCCCAGAUUUAUUGAUCACGGAGUCCACCUACGCCACAACUAUCAGAGAUUCCAAACGCUGCAGAGAAAGAGAUUUCCUGAAGAAAGUUCACGAGACUGUAGAAAGAGGAGGGAAGGUUCUCAUCCCAGUUUUUGCCCUUGGUCGUGCCCAGGAACUUUGCAUUUUAUUGGAAACUUUCUGGGAGAGGAUGAACUUGAAGGCUCCAAUUUAUUUUUCCACGGGACUGACGGAGAAGGCCAACCACUACUACAAGCUCUUCAUCACCUGGACUAACCAGAAGAUUCGGAAAACGUUUGUGCAGAGGAACAUGUUUGAAUUCAAACACAUCAAAGCCUUCGAUCGGGCCUUUGCAGACAAUCCAGGGCCUAUGGUGGUGUUUGCAACCCCCGGCAUGCUCCAUGCAGGACAGUCCCUUCAGAUCUUCAGGAAAUGGGCAGGGAAUGAGAAGAACAUGGUCAUCAUGCCGGGCUACUGCGUGCAGGGAACUGUGGGCCACAAGAUCCUGAGCGGGCAGCGCAAGCUGGAGAUGGAAGGAAGACAAAUACUGGAGGUGAAGAUGCAGGUGGAGUACAUGUCCUUCAGUGCCCACGCCGACGCCAAGGGCAUAAUGCAGCUCAUCCGCCAGGCUGAGCCCCGGAACGUCCUGCUGGUCCAUGGGGAAGCCAAGAAAAUGGAGUUUCUGAAGCAGAAAAUAGAGCAGGAAUUUCAUGUCAACUGUUACAUGCCGGCGAACGGAGAGACCACGACGAUAUUCACCAACCCCAGCAUCCCCGUGGACAUAUCCCUGGGACUCCUGAAGAGAGAAACAGCAAUAGGUCUCUUACCAGAUGCCAAGAAGCCCAAGCUAAUGCACGGGACGUUAAUUAUGAAGGACAAUAGCUUCCGCCUGGUUUCUCCGGAGCAGGCUCUGAAGGAGCUGGGCCUGGCAGAGCACCAGCUGCGUUUCACCUGCCGCGUCCACAUCCAGGACCCACGGAAGGAACACGAGACGGUGCUCCGUGUCUACAACCACCUCAAAGGGGUCCUGAAGGAUUAUUCCGUGCAGCAUCUCCCCGACGGGUCCAUCACGGUGGAGUCCAUCCUCAUCCAAGCCACGGCGCACUCAGAGGACCAAGGAACCAAAGUCCUGCUCGUGUCCUGGACCUACCAGGACGAGGAGCUGGGCAGUUACCUCACAGCCCUGCUGAAGAAGGGGCUCCCACCGAGCACGGCGUGAGCAGCAGCGCGGCCGCGCUUCCCAGGGACAGAGACUUUAUUUUGUUUACAUCGUCAAGGCCUUUUUUCUGGUUUUGUUUAAUAAAAGAGUUACAGUGUUUGUCCAAUUA